GAUAGAUGGCGCAAGUGUGCCGAUUGUUACCGAUUGUUUGUUGUGCCAAGGAUGCCCACAUUGGCAUAAUUAAAUUUCAGUUUUUAAAGCAAAUUAACAAAUUUUGCCAACAAUGGUCUCCCAAUUGAGCACUCCAACUGAACUCUAUAAUUUGCGAUGGAAUAGUUAUUUUUCGAAUUUGAUCAACGUUUUUAACGAACAUCAAAGCCAAGAAGCUUUAGUUGAUGUUACGUUGGGUUGUGAGGGCCAGUUUAUUAAAGCACACAAAUUGGUGUUAUCAGCGUGCAGCAUUUAUUUUCAGAAAAUAUUUGAAAGUCACACGAAUCCUCAACUUUUAAUUUUACUAAAUGAUGUGACAUUCAAAGAUCUCCAAUUAGUUAUACAAUUUAUGUAUAAAGGUGAAGUAAAAGUAGCAGAUUCUGAUAUGCAACAAUUCCUAUCGUUGGGUAAAAUGUUACAAGUGAAGGGCUUAUGUUCGGUUGAAUUACAAGACAAACACAAAACGCACUCAAAUGAUGGCAAAAGUUGCGAAAAAGGGACAUCUCCAAUAAACGACAAAACAAGUACAGCCGAAAAUAAAAAAAUUACCUGUAAUAAAGUGGUCCAAAUCGAUCAGAAGAAUGAUAAAGAAACUAAGGAGAGUCCAUCUGCUAAAAAACGGAAACUGCCGUCACCUGCACCUCCAGACAAAAAGAAAAUUACUAAAGAUUCCGGCCCUGUUGAUACCCAAGACUUAGCACGUAUUCCACGCCCUCCUAACGCAUUUAUGAUUUUUGCAAACCAGUGGCGCAAAAAACUAGCAGUGGAACAUCCAAGUGAAAGUAAUAAAGACAUAUCAGUUAGAUUAGGAAACAUGUGGAAAUCAUUAUCGCAGGAAACUAAAGAAGCUUUUUAUGAAGAUGCAAAGCGGGCUGAUGAGGAACAUAAGUUGAAAUAUCCUGGGUAUUAUUACAGCCCCAAAGAAGCACGAUUUAGAAAAGCGAUUGCUAAUAACAAUAAAUCAGCAGAUAGGACGGACAAUUCACCUGAAACAAGUAAUGAAAAUGAAGGAGAAUUAAUUGAAAUAAAAUUUGAGGACAACGAUGAGGACAGUCUGAAUCAGUCGACUCAAAGUAAUGGCUCGCAUUAAAUUAUUUAAUUUCAUAGAAAAAUGUGUUUCUUUUGAAGUUCACCGUAGUUUAUUUAUUUUGUAAGUAAAGACCAUUUUCGCA